AUGUCUGUUUCAGAGAAAACGAAAGUACGUAAACCCCUGCAGUUUGUUUCAGGUAUCAAGGACUAGAGGUGUAAGCGACUUAUUCUAAGAUGAGCACCGUCACAUCUAGCUUGAGUAAAUGGCAAGAAAAGAAACUCAGCUCAUUGCUAAACCACGCCAAACUCAGCCUGCUGUACAAAGCCAGCGUGCAUGGCUACCAUAUUACUACAUUUCAUCAAAAGUGUAAUACGCAGGGAUCAACUGUUAUUGUAGCUUACAAUAAGUCUGGGUAUGUUUUUGGAGCUUUCAUUAGCAAAAAUUAUACACAGUCAGGACAAAAUGUUAUCGACGACAAAGCUUUUCUGUUCAGUUUUAAUGACAAAGAAAUGAAAGAAGCUCCUCUGCGUGUGGUUAGUGGAAAUCCACAGUUGUCUUUCACGGACAAUGGGCCCAACUUUGGUUCUUUAAUAUUUCUUUACAAUAAUACGGCCACAGUCUACAGUUACCCAACAGGUCCAUACCAAUUUGAUCCACUGCGGGUGCAUGGCAAUGACUUACAGCUGACAGAAUGUGAGGUUUACAGAGUGGAAGAUUGUGGAGGACUGAUGGAGAAACCAUGGAGAAAUGUGCACUGGGACCCAGAGAGAAGGAAGGCACUCUUGAGCAUGAUAUCCAGCUGGAAACCUUCUGUUAACUCAGUUAAACAGGCCCGGAUUCUUUUGGUGGGUCCCAUUGGUGCUGGAAAAUCAAGCUUUUUCAACUCCAUCAACUCUGUAUUCAAGGGUUACGUGAGCUUGCAGGCCAACACUGGCACUGCUGGAACCAGUUUGACCACUCAGUUUCGUACCUACAAGAUAAAGCCAGGCAGCAGUAUCAGCCAUGUUCCCUUUACUUUGUGUGACACGAUGGGUUUGGAGGAGGGUUUGAACUGUGGAUUGGAUGUAGAUGAUUUUGCCAGUAUUUUGAAGGGUCACAUUCAAGACAGGUAUCAGUUUAACCCAUCGAUGCCUCUACAGCCAGACACUCCUCAUUUCCAUAAAUCUCCUGGCUUGAAGGACAAGAUUCACUGUGUGGUGUAUGUGAUUGACACCUGCAAAGUCAAGCUCCUCUCUGACAAAGUGAUUGACAAGUUUGCAAUUUUUCGGAGAAAAACCAACCAGCUGGGUAUUCCUCAGCUAGUUCUGUUGACUAAGGUGGAUGAAGCCUGCCCCUUAGUGGCAGAAGACCUGAAAAACAUCUACCGGAGUUUCUACGUCAACAAAAUGAUGCAGGAGGUUAGCACUCAGCUUGGAGUUUCUCUGUCUGCUGUGGUCCCAGUGAAAAACUACUCCCAGGAACUGGAAAUAGACCCUCAAAAUGACAUACUGCUUUUGAAUGCUGUUGUUCACAUGCUUAGAGCCGCUGAGGGCUUUUUUGAUGAUCUUCCAGAGGAGAGGUCUGAGUAGAGCACAGUUUCUAAUACCUACCUUGCAUGCUUGCAUGUAGCUUAGUAAUGGUAAUCAAUUUUCUAGUAGUAUAGGAAAUCCUGUCCUUAUCCAGUCUUUUGGAUAUAUUUUGUUAUGAAGAUUCAAAUUAUUUGUGUUUCAAAUGAUCAAUGCCAGAUGUCUAAUAUUUAAGUUUGUGGUUUUAGAAUGGUAUAAUGGCUGGAACAAUAAAGAUAUGAUAAGCUAAAGUAGUGAGUGUUAAUAGAUGUUCAAAAUGUGUAAUGUGGGUUUGAAUAUAAUUUUUUGGAAGCUCUGCAUGGCUAUAAUGAAAAUAAACGUAGAUCAUGUGUACUGUAUUCAGUGAAAAACACUGCAAUGAGGAACAAAACAAUGUUGUAUUGGAUAAAUAUUCAUUCAUUCACUUUC